AUGGGAUUAAGGUCCGAAUACAGAUCUGGGAAUAUUCUUGGUGUAUGACAUUAGCAGUGAGCGUUCCUACCAGCAUAUAAUGAAAUGGGCCAGUGAUGUGGAUGAGUAUGCUCCCGAUGGUGUCCAGAAGAUCCUCAUUGGCAAUAAAGCAGAUGAGGAAGAAAAGAGGCAAGUCCACAGAGAGCAAGGCCUUCAGCUGGCUGAGGAAUAUGGCAUGGAUUUCUACGAAACAAGUGCCUGCACCAAUUUAAACAUCAAAGAGGAGAACUGCACUAACGAAGAGAUCCUCAACAGCUUGAAAUACGUGCGACCUGGGUCUGCAUUUGAACCCAAUUUCAUACUUUGCCAGAAAUGUGAGGUGAAUGGCAAGAACACCCACUCUGUCUUUGCCUACCUGAAGGACAAACUUCCAUACCCAGACGACAACCCCUCCUGCUUGAUGAUGGAACCCAAGUUCAUCAUAUGGAGCCCAGUAUAUCGCAAUGACAUCUCCUGGAACUUCGAGAAGUUCCUUGUGGGGCCUGAAGGGGAGCCUUUCAAGCGUUAUAGCCCCAGAUUCCUCACCACCAACAUUGAGCCUGACAUUCAACGACUCCUGAAGCUUGCCAAAUAAGAGUCACGGGGAAAAUCGGAUAGUUAGUAGCCCUGACAGGUCAGGUCAAAAUAAUUAACAGAAAUUAUGCUCUGAUCACAAAUACCCCUUCUAUAGAAUUGGCCUAAGAAACAUCCCUUCCCUAAUUACGUCCUCUUUCCUUUACAAAUGAGUGUAUGAAGUGAUUCGUCUCAUCUCUUGUCACCACCAUCG